CUUGGCGAAGUGUGUGCGGAGAUUCGCGAGUACUCGCGCGAGCAGAAAUAAUGUAGGUGUCCGUGGCCGUAUACGUAUAGUGUACAAGUACUGUAGUACGAUAGUUUUCCUUUACUCAUACCUACUCGCGCCGAUUUGUCAGCCAGUCCACCUUUCGGCGCGAUUUAUUUAUGUACGUUGCAACGACCUAUCUUGGUGAAAACUUAUCAAAAUUGUAAUCGUAAUCGUAAUGGUAAUCGCAAUGGCGCGCGUGAAAACGAAAGGUGCGCUAAUCGUGAUCCGAUGAGGAUCGUUGAAAGCGCGUGUGCCGAAUGCCGAAUGUCGAAUGCCGAUUAUCGAAAAAACAAUACCAACUCGUGGUACCAAACCAAUAGAAAAAUACAUAUUAUAAAGUCGACAUAAGCGUGGAUAGAGGACGGACGAGUAAUUAGCGCGCAAACCUAUUAGUAUACCUAUACCUACAGUGUAGUAUAGGAAUAUGUAGAUGUUAUAAUAUGGAACAUUAUUGCUGAACGUAGGUAUGACUUACGCGUAUUAUAUUUGUACGAGUACAUACCGCAAACGUAUGUCUAUGUGGACGUAGACACUCGAAUGUGUAAAUGAAUGUUAAUGUUCGUAAAUGUAAAGAGCUAAAGAGGUGCCUAAACCUAUAACCUAACAAGACGUAACAACACCGUACGCUCGCAAACGCAACUCGUGUGAAAGGUUUCGCCUUCGCGAUAAGAUGAGAUGAUGCGGGCGGCGGCGGCAGUGCGGAGUGUCGAUAAUAACACCGCCGCUACGCUACGUACGAUUUUAAAAUAAUCAAAUCUAUCUAACCUACCGCCAAUCCUACAAGUAUUUAUCAUUUUACGUACCUCUACCUCUACCUACAGCUUCAGCUUCAGCUAUAGACAGAGCCACGCGUAGGUACAGGUACGUAGCUUUUUUUCGUUUUCGUCUUUUAUGCUGCAGCUCGAGUUGGCAUAUCAGUAAUCACUAAUCAGCAUCGAGACAAGAGUACAGCUAGAGCUACAGCUAGAGCUACAGAUACAGAGAUAUUCGAACACAUUACAAGACGUAUAAAACCGUACGCAGUGCACUAUCGCGUAAACGCAUUGUUCGCUCGUCGUAAAAUCAUAGACUCGCGUCGUAUUAAGGCUGAUCGCGCUGGUGCUCAACGCUUGUGCUCGUCGUGCUCGUAAUUUCAAUCGUACAACAAUUUAACGUCGCCGAAAGCUCUUUCGAAAUUCGUUCCCGUAUUCCGGCAUUCGUAGCAGCGCGUAAGACUUGUUUUUAGCAGAAAAAUAUGGACGAAACAGCGGUCACAACGGCGACGGCGACAGCGACAGCGACAGCGACCACAAACACCGAUGCGAAAAAAAUAAAAGCCAACAAAGUGAAAUUUGGUCCGAUCGAAAUAGAUUUCGUGCCGUUCGAUACGCCUUUGAAAGAACAUUUGCAAACGCUAUCGGUAGCUUUGAAUUUAACGUUGACGAUAUGCGGAACGACCAUCGCGCCGCUUCUUUUGCUUUACGUAUUUUUCUACACGCGUUUCUGGUGGUUGGUUCCUCUGUACGUGGCGUGGGUGUAUUACGAUAGAGAAACCGGCUUCAAAGGUGGCAGAAAGUGGAAUUGGUACCGACGUAACGUGAUUUUCGACUACUUUCGCGACUAUUUCCCGUCAAAGUUGAUAAAAACGCAAGAUUUGGCGACCGAUACGAACUACCUGUUCGUGGUUUAUCCUCACGGCGUGCUAUCCUACAGUACGCUGGCUGUUUUCGGCUCCGAAGCGAAUCGUAUCGAAAGCGAAGCGUUUCCCGGCUUAGAUUUCAGAAUCGUAACGUUAGAUAUAAAUUUCUACUGUCCCAUAACCAGGGAAUACUUCUUAUCGAUGGGAGCCAUCGGUGCGACAGAAUCCAGCAUCAGAUACGUGCUGAGUUCGGAGCCGUCCAAAGCUGUAGUGUUGAUAGCCGGAGGUGCCGCCGAAGCGCAACUCGCCGCCCCCGGUAACACAUACCGCAUCGUCGCUGCCCGCAGAAAAGGCUUCGUUCGUUUAGCAUUGAAAACCGGCGCUUCGCUAGUUCCGGUAUUUUCGUUCGGCGAAAACAACAUCUACGCGCAGUACCAAUCGGAAUGGUUAACCAAAAUGCAGCUGAUGUUUAAAAAACUCACCGGCAUAUAUCCGGUGGUGCCCAGAGGCCGAGGAAUUUUACAGUACACUUUCGGAAUUUUACCAAAUAGGCAUCCGAUCAAUACAGUCGUGGGCAAGCCAAUUGCGGUUCCCUCAAUGGAAGAUCCAUCGGUAAACGAUAUCGACCAGUACCACGCUAAAUUCAUUCAAGAACUGAAAACGCUUUUCGAGCAGCACAAGCACAAGUACGAUGCGGCCGGCGGCAACGCCGAACUUGUCAUUGUUUAAACAGGAUGGACCAGCGACCACUCAGACCACUGAUCGUUACCAGCUCCAGCUAAAUAAACCAACUACCACCGAAUAGGUAGAGGUACCUCACCUACGUAGUACGUAAUGUACAGUAUAUCAAAUAACCGCGUUCGUUUCCUUCAUACUUUCGUACACCUCCUCGUUCGCGUAAUGUACCGUCUUACAGUUACUCGUAAUUAUUGCGUUUGCGUAUAAAAUUUGUACCUAUUGGUAGACUGUGUUCGCUCGCAUUCGUAGUCAGAAUGUUACCUUAAUGUAUUAGAUUAAAAUUAGAUUUCGAUUUCGUAGAUUGUAUUCGAUUUAUACGUAUGUAUGUAGAUUGUAGAUGUACCUCUUUCACGUACAAUGUUGUAGUAAUUGUGUAUCUAAAUCUAUAUGUUUACGAGUAUGUACUACAUAUCUAGGCCUAUUUACCUUAAACGUUUCUAUGCAAGGGCCGCCUUUUUUGUUUUAUCGUUUUUCUUUUCGUCUGUUUAUUUAUUCCUGUUUUAUACUUUUUCAUAUUGUUGGUCUUAUUAUGCCUAUUAGAUAGGUAGCGUUCGUAUUUUAAUCGUUAUCGUUAUUCGUGUACAUAUAUGUGUAUUAAUUGUAUCUAAUGGCAAUUAUUAAACGUAUUUUUCUAAAA